AUGAGCUACUGCAUGGUUAUUAGCGGUAGAGUUGUGAUGUUCAGAAGGUCAAAAUUUAGUCAAAGUAAUCAAGAAUUUGAAGCUGCAGCUAAUCUCGGUCAUCCUGUAGCUCGGUUUUGCAAAUGGGAAUUAAUUAGUGCUGAAGAUGAUUUUGAAGACGAGAAGCAUGGCGAAUUAAAAGUUGUAAAAAUUACAGCCAAUGACUUUAUGCAAAACUACGGUGGCGGCGAUAGUGGCACUGCUUUUGCUUUGGGUAUUGUCUAUGCUCAUGGCAUCGGUGUCGAAAAAGAUCUCCAAAGGGCUGCUCAUUUUUUCGCUAGAAAUAUUCUUGAUGAGUGCCGACUUUAUACUUAUUCAUCCUUGUAUGAAAUUGCUAAGUUACAGCAUUAA